AUGGAAUCCACACAGUCCCUCCUUUCCCAAAAGUCCUCAGACUCGGGGCUUCACAUUCAGCUACACCCUCUAGUGCUCCUCACCAUCUCCGAUCACAUCACCCGCCAUGCCGCACGGCAGCAACAAGGCCCGACUAUUGGGGCUCUUCUAGGCCAGCAAAAUGGCCGAGAGAUCACCAUCGAGCAUGUGUUUGAGUGCCCCGUCACAGAUGAUACAAAUGAGGCUCUUCUACCCGUGUCAUGGUUCGAGGAGCGACUGAAGCAAUUCAAGGAUGUACACAAGGACCCUCCUCUCGAUCUUGUGGGCUGGUGGUCAACCGCUUCACCAUCAGGUCCUGAUGUCUCACAUCUCCCCGUACACCGCCAGCUUCUCCAAGAUUACAACGAAUCCGCGCUCUUUCUAGCCUUCCACCCCUCUCAACUCAAAACCGACACUCUCGGAGCGAAGCUUCCAUUGACGAUAUACGAGACUGUACUUGAAGGAGAAAGCACCGCAGAUGGCUCGAAGGACAUGCAAAUAGACGGGGAAGAGCGAGCAAUGAACAUCCGUUUCCGCGAGUUGCCAUAUUCCGUCGAAACCGGCGAAGCGGAGAUGAUUGGAGUUGAUACUAUUGCCAAGGGAUCUGGAACUGCUGCAUGGACCGAACCUGCAGCCCAAGGCUCAAAUAAGACCAACAAGAAUAAGAAAGAAAGCUCACAGGUGGAGCUAACGCAAGAGGAAGAAGAAUGUAUGUCCCUGCAUGCUAAUCCAGCGCCGCUCCGCUCUCCAACUUCAGCCCUUCUGACCAGACUAGUAAUCGCAAACCUCAACACCCGCCUCAACGCCAUUCGCACUCUUGAAUCCCGAAUCUCCCUCAUCAAAUCUUACGUCUCCAGCGUCACGGAAUCAAAUGAUCCCGCCAACCCGUCCUCUCCGCAGAUGUCGCAUGCCAUCAUUCGCAACAUCAACUCGCUCAUCGCUCAUCUCUCCAUCCUGUCCCCGCGUGAUUCGAACGCUUUCAGAUCAGAAGUUCUCUCGCAAAACAACGAUGUCAAACUCGUUUCGCUCCUCGGUCAAAUGGGCGAAAGCGUCAAGGCCAUGUCUGAACUCGGCCGCAAGUCGGUUAUCGUUCAGGGAGCGCGUCAGACGAGACAGGCCCGCACACUCAUGGAACCUAACGCUCUACCUAGAAACUUUGAGGAGGACCUCUUUCGUCAAGAUGUGAUGGGUUCCCGGGCAUAG